CACACCUCACCAUGUUCCCCGGGCAGAACAGAGCCCUGCAGGGGUUUCUCGUUUUGUGUGGAUGAGUGAAUAAGUGAGCGCGAGAGCGAACGAAUGAACCAGCAAGCAAAGCAGAACAAGUGUUACAGAACAAGGAAUCCCACCGCCUGGAAGCUACCUGGCCUGGCGCCGGCGCCCGCACACCUGCAAUGCCCUGUUUGCUAGAGGGGCGUAAACUCGACAGCUCCUGCGCGUGUGUGACCUUGUAAGCUCCUCAGCCCCGGCCCGGGAGACUCGCUCCAGACUCGCUCCCGCUGCGUCCUCUCCGUUGUCAGAAGAAUUGUCACCCCGUCUCGGAGAAGGACGUUCCAGCUCUCACCCCGCCUUCGUCACGCGUCGGUUCUUUCUCCCUCUCCUGGGGCUCGCGGGGCCGCGCGCGCCAGGCCCAUCUGCGUGGACAGUUUCUGUGUGGCCGUUGUGGCUGAGGGAGGUGAGAGGAGAGCGGCAGCCGACGCCCGUGGGCUGUCAGGCCUUGCAGCCAGGCCAGCAGCGAGGUCGCCAUGUCCACCAAGGUGCCCAUUUAUCUCAAGCGGGGCAGCCGCAAGGGCAAGAAAGAGAAGCUGCGGGACCUGCUGUCGUCCGACAUGAUCAGCCCGCCCCUGGGGGACUUCCGCCACACCAUCCACAUCGGCAGCGGGGGCGGCAGUGACAUGUUCGGGGACAUCUCUUUCCUGCAGGGAAAGUUCCACCUCCUGCCCGGCACAGGCGCCCAGGGACCAGAGGAGGUGGCGGUGGAGGGCAGCUUUGACCUCCCCUUCCAGUUCACCCGAACUGCCACGCUGUGCGGGCGCGAGCUGCCCGAGGGGCCAUCCCCUCUGCUCAAGAAUGCCAUCUCCCUGCCUGUCAUCGGGGGACCCCAGGCCCUCACGCUGCCCGCGGCGCAGGCCCCGCCCAAGCCCCCACGCCUGCACCUGGAGAUGCCGCAGCCAUCCCCGCAGGAGGCGGGGAGCGUGGACGUCUGGAGAAUUGCAGAGGCCGAGCGUGCUGGGCUGACCCCCGACGCGGGGGCCGAGGAGCCCCUCCUGUCCCACGCCAGCUCCCUGCUGUCUCUGCACGUGGACCUGGGGCCGUCUAUCCUGGACGACGUCCUCCAGAUCAUGGACCAGGACCUGGGUCACCUGCAGAUCCCCACGUAGGACAGAGGCAGGCCAGAGGGGUGCUCGCCUGUGGGGAUGCCCGCAGGCGGGGUGCUCCCAACUCUGGCCUAGAAGUCUGGGUCCCCAGGUCAGCCGCGUGGUCUCACUUUGAGCCUUUGUCCCAGCCCCCAACCCUCCCCGUGGCCAGGGCCUGCCUCACGCCAUCCCCCUGAAACCUGAGGACACUCGCAGAGGUUGGUGCCACGUGUCCUGAGCAUCUCGGGCCACUCGUCCUCCCGCACCACCGCCCCCUCCGCCCCUAGAGCCUUGGAUGAAGGCCCUGCUGAGACAGACUCCCCUGGGGCCCCCAUCGGGUGUGUGGGAAGAGCCAGGGCCCAGCCAGGGUCGAGGCUACGCCCUGGGCUGGGAGCAGCCUCAGGGCCGGCUGCUCUGCCCUGUUCCCCCGCGUGUGGCCCGGACUCUGGUUGCAAUAAAACUUGUUGCUGCUGGUGGUGGUGCGCCAGGCGCUCUUGCCCCAGCUGCCCCUAAGACAGGCCACUCCUGUGAGGUGCGCUGACUCCGGGGGGGUCCCGGCCCCAGAGAACUUGGGCAGGGCAGGAGGCUGAGAAUGAGCAGGAGCCCAGCAAGCCCCACCUGCUGUGUCCCAGUGCGGACUUGAGUGUUUGGCCGAGCACUGAGGAAGCUGAGCUGUGCCGAGGCAGCUGGGGCCUGCCGGGGCCGGAGCACCCAAGGGUGACCCAAGCCUAGUGCAGGGACCCACCAGCCUCCUGCCUCAGGGCACCAGGAGCACCGCGGGAGGGGGACCCGCCCCGGGGCUGGCGGGGCCACCGUGGGGCUGUUGGCCGUGUGUGUCCCGGUCUGGGCUGCCAGGCAGAUGCAGCCGCUCUCCUGGGGGAAGAGAGGGCCAUUCAACUGAUAGGUAAGACGAGUUCCAGCGGUGUGGAGCACGCGCCGACACCACACCGGGGUACUGGGGUUGGGGGUGGCGGUGUGAGGGCACAUGAGGGUGAUGGGUGACUGAGCCACGGGGGGCUGAUAGAUUUCUGCUGGCGCGGAAGCAAAGGCACGAGGCGCCAGCAUAGAGGACAAAGAGGAGCCACCGGGUGGUGAAACAGACUCAGGCCUCUGAACCCCCUGAGCCUGUGACUCGGUUUCCCCACCUCCCAAACGGACGCCGUGGUGCCUACCUCAUAGGGUUGAGAAGGUUAGGGGUUGUGUUGAGAGUUGCCACUUUGGAAGCGACUGUGAGGCUGACAUAUGAUUCUGGGGGUGAGGAAGGUGCUGGGGCGGGGUGGAGUCAGCCGACAUCACACCAGGGGUUCUGCUAGCUGGAACUUUAAGCAUGAGAGACAUCUAUCAGGUCUAGGUUUCAGAGGUCGCCAGCCAGGUCACAUGGAACAAGGGCCUAGGAAGUCGCUGCUGGGUGAGGGGACUGGGUCUGGGCAGGGACUGUGGGAUGGAGAGGGGGACCCUCCAGGGGAGCUUGUGUCUGAUUGCAGCCUCCUUGGUCCUCUUCUCCCCUUGAUUCUUCUAAAUCCUUGACACAAUGAGCCCCAAACUCUCACCUCACCCCAGUCUUUCCUGCCUCCAGGGAGAUUUAGUACUGGGAGAAGAAUUUGAUCAGGGAGUGUUUUUUCCAGACAGGACUCUUUAAAAAGAAAAUAUAUUUUAUUGCUAUAAAAUAUACAUAACAUGAAAUUUAUCGUUUUACCAUUUAAAGUACACAGUUCAGCAGCAUUGAACACAUACACAUUAUUCUGCAACCAUCACCACUAUCCAUUUCUAGAAUUCUCUCAUCUUCCCACUGUGAAACUCCAUACCCUUAAACACUAACCCCCAUUCUGCCUUCUCUCCAGUCCUUGGCCAUUCUACUUUCUGUAUGAGUUUGACCCCUCUAGGGACCUGGUAUAAAUGAGAAUCUUACAGGAUGUGUGUUGUUGUUGUUGUUGUUGUUGUUUUUUGUGACUGGCUUCUUUCACUUAGAAUAACAUCUUUAAUGUGUAUCCAUGCUGUUGUAUUCAAAUUUCCUUUUUCAAGGCUAAGUAAUAUUCUGUUUAUGUAUAUAAUCACUGUUUUGUUUAUCCAUUCACCCGCUGAUGGAUACCAGGGUGCUUCUACCUUUUGGAGAUUGUGAGUCAUAUUGCUGUGAACACAAAUGAAACAGAACAAAUAUCUGAGAUCCUGCUUUCAGUUCUUUGGGGAAACACACAGAGAAGUGCCAUGGCCGGGUCACGUGGGAAUUCCAUGCUUAAUAUUUUGAGCAAUCACUAUAUUGCACCAAAGCUGCUACACCAUUUUAUAUUCCUGGUUUUUUGUUUGUUUGUUUGUUUGUUUGCUUUAAUAUGAAAUUUUCUCCUCAUUUAGAGGUUUGACACAACUGUUGAGUGGGAUUUGACCCAGGCCUGUGAGACCCCAAAGCCUGACUGUAACUCUCCCUGAAGGGAUAGGGCUGUAGACCCUGGUACAGUAUGAAAGCAAAGGGGGGAGCUGAAAGGCCAACACAUUCUUGCCUGCAGGCUCCCCCCCAGGCUUGGGGCGCUUGUCCCACCUGACUUGGGAGAGGAAGAUAAGAAUAAAGGACACUUUCUUUAGCGCUUCACCAGAGGGAAGGGAACACCUCACCCCAGACCUGAGCUGAAGGCAGACUAGCCAUGGAAGGGGGACUUGCCUGUCUUGGGUCCCCUGGACGUACUUCCUACUCAACCCCACCCACAUCAGCCACUAUCAAAGGCCCCCCGAAACCUUUUCUCCUUCAAUGUCAGGGUGGAGAAAAGGAAACUUGGCAGGAGAUCCCUAGUGGGGUAACUAAACUCAAGACACCUGCUUAUACCCAGGAGGCCAGGGCUGGAGUGACCAGCUGUCCCUCUUCAGUUUCCAGAGUGGUGUCCAGUCACCGUGUCCCACAAACACCACCCAAAAAACUAAGUCCCCAAAGUAAAGGUCCCCAAAAAUCUAAGUCCCCCAAAGUAAGGUAAAGUGACGAAAUGACAAAUGUUACUACAGUUUGCUGUUUUCCAUACCCAGCAUCCAUGGAUGCUUAUA